AUGGUAUUAGCUAUGUCGGCGGCAGUGUACCGUAUUAACCGAGGACCGAAAGAGGUUGAAGAGUGGUUACAAAUCCAAAAGCUUCGACAUGCAAAGGAAAAGGUGACCGAGCUUCACUUCUACUUCCAUCAAAGACUUAACGGCGAGAACCCAACCGCAGUGACGGAGAUUGGUCGAGUCCAGGGACUUUACGCUGCAGCCUCACUAGAGGAUGUGGCCCUAUCUGGUGUAUUCAAAUUCAUCUUCAGAGAGGGGGAGUACAACGGCAGCUCUCUAAGCGUGUUGGGUAACAACCCAUACCGACUUCUGGUCCGAGAGAUGCCCAUCGUCGGUGGAUCUGGCAUUUUCCGAAUGGCUCGUGGAAUAGCUAAGUUUACGACGUAUUUCCGCGAGGUUCCUUCCGAAAAUGUUCCUCCUAAAUAUGUUACUGUGGAGGUAAAUAUUGUAGCCAUGCACUGCUAA